GAGUAGACAGUAAUAAAAGCAACAGGGAGAGAAAGAGUCGUCGUCUCCAUCACGCGGCAUCUCUUUCUUUCUCUCCUUUCCUUUCUUUUCCCACGCACUUUUUCCUCUCUCUAUACACACCAUCGUAGCUAAGAACCUAAACCAGAAACUACUCUCCAAUCAAUAAAUACGAUUCUUAAACCAUAGAAACAUAUAAUCCACCACGAACAAUCGGCGACGAUGUUGCGUUCUUGCUGCAGACCGCUUGAGCGGUGCUUUGUAAGGCGACCGGGCGGUGGCGGUGAUGGGCUUUUGUGGCAUACGGAUUUGAAACAACAUGCCUCUGGUGAUUACUCUAUCGCGGUGGUUCAAGCUAACUCUAAUUUGGAGGAUCAGAGCCAAGUGUAUACAUCUCCUUCUGCAACUUAUGUUGGGGUUUAUGAUGGUCAUGGCGGACCUGAGGCUUCCCGAUUUGUUAAUAAGCAUUUGUUUCCUUUCAUGCAGAAAUUUGCUAAAGAACAAGGGGGAUUAUCACCAGAUGUGAUAAAGAAGGCAUUUAAUGCAACUGAGGAGGAAUUUUGUCGUUUAGUGAAGCGAUCACUACCAAUGAAGCCACAGAUUGCUUCUGUUGGCUCAUGCUGUUUAGUUGGUGCGAUAACAGAUAAUGUAUUAUAUGUUGCAAAUUUAGGGGACUCGAGGGCUGUUCUUGGACGGAGAGUUUAUGAGGAUAAGAAAAAACCUGUAGUAGCUGAGCGAUUAUCAACUGAUCACAAUGUUGCUAUUGAGGAGGUUAGGAAGGAAGUUGAGGCUCUUCAUCCUGAUGAUUCGCAUAUUGUGGUGUAUACUCGUGGAGUUUGGAGGAUUAAGGGCAUAAUUCAGGUGUCAAGGUCUAUUGGGGAUGUUUAUCUGAAGAAACCUGAAUUUAACAGAGACCCAAUUUUUCAGCAAUUUGGAAACCCAGUUCCUUUGAAACGCCCUGUAAUUACAGCAGAGCCUUCAAUAAUCAUUAGAGAACUCUUACCACAGGACAUGUUCCUGAUCUUUGCUUCAGAUGGUCUUUGGGAACAACUAAGUGAUGAAGCAGCUGUAGAUAUUGUUUUCAAAAACCCAAGAGCUGGGAUUGCCAAGAGAUUGGUAAGAGCUGCUCUUCAGGAGGCUGCAAAGAAAAGAGAGAUGAGAUAUGAUGACAUAAAGAAAAUCGAUAAGGGUAUAAGGCGACACUUUCAUGAUGAUAUUACUGUGGUAGUAAUUUAUCUUGAUCACCAAAAAGGCUCCUCAAAUGGAAAAUUGAAGCGCAAGUCAGUCGGCUGCACCAAUGCUCCUGUUGACAUUUUCUCUAGAAAUGCAGACGAAGUACAGAAGGAUCUCUUUCAAACAAUAUCUUGAACAAAGAAAGUCCCUUCUAAAGGGUGACACUGGCUUUCUUGAUUUCUAGGUUAUACAAUGAAUUUGCAUAUUGAUGAUGGACAUUAAGGGAUUGAAACAAGAGGAGUACAGAGUAGUGUAGAUAAGGGUUCUUUUCUUUUCUUUUUUGGGUGGGGGUUGCUGGAAAUUGGGGAGUACAGAAAAUGGCCUUGUGAAGAUCUAACCACAUUUUUUUCUUUCAUUCUGCUACUGAUUUAUUAGUUUUUGAGAGAUUAUAGCUCCAUUUUUACUCUCACUUCAAAUUUCAGAAAUUAUACUUCAUUGACAAUCCAUCAUUUUGUC